UUAGGGCGGAAAUACUGUCUGCAAACCGGAAGUGUGGCAAUCCACUCGGUAAACUAGGCGCAGAGCGUCAUGGCGGACUACGAGCAGGUCCAGAAGGGGCCUCUGAAGCUAAAAGGUGUCGCAGAGCUCGGCGUGACCAAACGGAAGAAGAAAAAGAAGGACAAAGACAAGGCGAAGCUGCUGGAAGCGAUGGGGACGAGCAAGAAGAACGAGGAGGAGAAGCGGCGCGGCCUGGACAAGCGGACCCCGGCCCAGGCGGCCUUCGAGAAGAUGCAGGAGAAGCGGCAAAUGGAAAGGAUCCUGAAGAAAGCAUCGAAAACCCACAAGCAGCGAGUAGAGGACUUCAACAGACACCUGGACACCCUGACGGAGCACUACGACAUCCCCAAAGUCAGCUGGACGAAGUAGCCUCCUGGCUCUGGGUGUGGGGCGGCACCGAGGGGAAGCAGAAGGAGAUGCCAGGGUCAUGUUGGGCCCCUUUGUCAUUUUCUAGAAUUACUUUUCUGUACACAGACCCUUGCAUCUUCUGCCGGGACAGCGUUUUUCAAAGCUGUGUGCCCUCAUUCCGGAACUUGAUUAAAAGCAAGACGGUCCUUUUA